AUGCCCUGCGAGGGCACUCCACCCCAGCCCCGGGGCAUGCCGGAAUUGUCUGGCAGCACAGAGACCAGCCCAGAAGUCAUUCAGACGCCAGAGUUCCCAGCAUGUGCUGCGAGGCACCGCACAUUCCGCUCCUCACCCCAACUUCCGCCCCGUCUGAUCGCAUCUCCUGUCAAUCAAGAUCAGAGAGGUGGGGUGCGGAGCCUCAUCCAAUCAGCGGAUGCUGACUCGGAAACUGUCCAAUCAGAGCAUAGCCGGAAGAGAGAGGGCGGCUUCCGAGCGCUCGCCGGGCUUUUUGUAUCUUGCACCUGCGGAAAUGCUGGACUGUUGACAUUCAGGGAUGUGUCCAUAGAAUUCUCUGAAGAGGAGUGGGUAUUCCUGGACCCCACUCAGCGGGUAUUGUACAGGAAUGUGAUGUUAGAGAACCAUAGAAACCUGGUUUUUCUAGGACUUACUGCCUCUAAGCCUGACCUGAUCACCUGUCUGGAGCAAAGGAAAGAGCCCUGGAAAAUGAAGAAACACAGCACAUCAGCCAAACCACCAGGGCUUGCUGUCUCUAAGCCAGACCUCAUCAUGUGUCUGGAGCAAAGGAAAGAGUCCUGGAAUGUGAAGAGACAUGGCACAUUACCCAAACUUCCAGCUGUGACUUUUCCUUACACUGAGGACCUUUUGCCAGAGGAGAGUAUAGAAGACUCACUUACAAAGGUGUCAUUGGGAAAAUAUGAAAAAUUUGGCCUUGAGAUAUUACACUUUAAAAAAUCUUGGGAAAGUUUGAAUGAGGGUGAAAGACAGGUAGAAUGCUAAAUUGCAGACAACCAUUACAGAUGUAACAAGUGUGGGAAAGUCUUUCAUCAACACUGCAGAUUAGUUAUCCGCCAGAGUAUCCAUAUUUUUGAAAUGGCUUUCAAACAUGAAUAUGGCAAAACGUUUAACCGGUCUUCAAAAUGUAGUCAACAUCAAAAAAACAGUGGAGGAAAUGUACAGAAUAUAUGUAGGAAAGUGUUCAGGAAAUCAUCUUAUCUAAAUAGACAUGAAAGACUCCACAGGGGGAGAGAAAGCCUUCAAAAGUGAAAAACGUGGUAAAGUCCUUAGCUAUUUAUUACUCAGGUCAUU